UUCUUUUAGCCGGCUGGAGCACAGAGCGGGAGCAGAAACUGAAGCGCUCAGGCCACAACUUAUUGAAUGCUUCCGGAGCGGCUCUUUUUCUAUAGCCUAUAUUAAACAAAAAAGACUUUGGACUGAACCAACUACUUUUUUUUCACUUUGCUCGGUCUUUUUUUUUUUUUUUUGCUUGUUUUGUCGUCCUUUCAUAUUUCGACUCGCGUACUGAACAGUUUAUUUAUUAUUUCUUUAAGUUUCGACUUUAAGUGCAGAUCAUAAAGGACUGUUUCGUUUUGAACUCCAGCACUUUCUCCGGGUCCCUGGGGUCUUUUUCAUUAGUAAGCACAAUCUUGUUCAGGUUAUACGUUGCCGCCGGCCGCAGCGGUGCUACGUGACUCCUCUCACUCCUCUCACCACCCGGACUGGGAGCAGAUGACUCGGGAAUUCCUUGUCAGCAUCUUUGUUCUAAUCUGACUGGCUCAUUUUUGUCGGAUUUUUUUUUAAAUAUUCAUUUUUUUUAUUGGGUUUUCUAAACCUGCGUGGAGGUGAGCGUCGCGGGACGUCCAUCUCUCUGCGCGCAAACACCGCGAAAUGACACCGGGAUUUGUCCUCGUGACUGUGGUGGCGCUUUACCUGCUUCCCUCACCUGUACAGAAUGUACCCAUGCAAGACACCAACAGCACUGUGGAAGUGCUGAUGUUUCAAGAGGUGUGGGGUCGCAGCUUCUGCCGCACCAUGGAGAAGCUGGUAGAAGUUGUCCAGGAAUACCCAACAGAGGUGGAGCACAUCUACAGCCCGUCCUGUGUGCCGUUGGUGAGGUGCGCCGGCUGCUGUGGGGAUGAGAACUUGGAGUGUCAUCCUACUGAAACUUCAAAUGUCACAAUGCAGCUGUUGAAAAUCCGGCCGUCAGAACCAGGUGAAGAAUAUGUUGAGAUGACCUUUGUGGAGCAUAAGACAUGUGAAUGUAGAGUGCGGAAACCUUUGGUAAAGGCUGGAAGGAAAAGGCAAAAAGGGAGAGGAAGAGGAAGGAAGAGAAAGGAGAGACAAAAAACAAAAGACUGCGACAGGUGCCAGAUUCCUCGCAGGUAACUGUAACGUCAACCCAACCUCCUGUUGCAGCGUGGCUGACUAUUUAUCUCCAGCCCGGUGAAAGCAUGAAGAGUCUCCACUCUUCUAUCAAAACCUGUGUGUCCGCUGCCAGAGACUCCUAACAGCUGGCUUGGUUUGCUGACGCGCUGGCCUAACGAUGGGCAGGAUGUCUGCAAUGAUGAGGUUCAAAAGGACGUGCGUUUUGAUUGGUGGAAACACUCUCUGUUACACACCUGACACAAUGGACAUCCCUGGGAGCCAGUGCAAUGUAGAAAAGAACAGACUCGUGUUUCGAUCUUCCACUUGAUAUUAUUGUGUCAGUUAUUUUAAGUUGUCCGUUUCUUCUGUAUUUAAAGGUGGUUGCAUGUGCUAAAUCUCUAUAUUUAUUGUUAAAAUAGUUGGACCAGCAACCUUUUAAAAGUUUAUCUUUUCCAGAAACAUCAUUAUAAACACCAUGACUUGUAUUGGCGGUUUUGUUUUUGACUGAAUGUACAGCUGCUUUGUACAUUUAACAAUGAUAUGUCUCCCUCUAGUGUUAAGAAACAGGGUGAGAAUGCUCAAUAGUAAAAUAUUUUAUUAUGUGAAGUUGUUGAUAAUAUUAGACACGGAACAGUGCGGUGAGUUAAAAUCUGCUUUAUCAUCACAGUUUCUUAAUCUAUUUAUAAGGUUUGUAGAAUGUAUUUACCCCAUUAUAACAUGUUAUGUUCCAAUCCUUAACAUUCACAAGAAAGAACUGUUUUGCUGUUACCUGUCUCCACUUGAACAGGAACAUUUAAUAUUAAAAUAAAAAAAAAAACGUUGAAAGUGACACUGGAAAAGCAAAUCUGCCAUCUGAUCAAAUCCCUGCAGACGGAAAGAGAAAAAAAAAAA